AUGAGUAAUGAACAAAAAGAAUGGAUUAAUCAUAAUUUACGAAAACAAAGAAGAUUAUUAGAAGAAAGACAACGUCAAAAACGUUUAAAUACAGGUGUAAUUAAUUCAGAUAAAAAUUGUUUUGGACAAUCAUUAUUUAAUGCUUAUUCUUUUAAUGAAUGUAAAGAUAAAAAUAACAAAGAAUUAUAUGCUUAUGAAAAUCCAUUAACAUUAAGUAGUGAUGAAACUGAUGCAAUACAAAAAACAUACAUUACAGUGAAAAAUUUUACUCCUCCUCCAGUACAAAGUAUACCAAGUGAUGAUGAUAUAGGAAGUAUUGGUUUAUCAGAAGAAAAAUUUCAAACUACUAGUAAUUCAUCAAAUAAUAGAUAUGGCAAUUCUUACACUGAUUCAAAUACAAAUCUUCUUGAUUCACCGCAAAAACCUGGAGGAUCCCAAAUUACACAUGAUGGUUUAGAGAAUCAUAUACUACCAUCUAUACAACAAUGUAAUAUUAAUGAUAUUAUUAAUAAUUUGCCAAAAUUUGUAACAGAAACAGUUCAAAAACAUUUAACAAUGAAAUGUCGUAUAACUCGUGAUAAAAGAGGAGUAGAUCGUGGUAUAUAUCCUACCUAUUAUCUUCAUUUAGAAAAAGAAGAUGAUAAAAAGAUUUUUUUAUUAGCUGCAAGAAAAAGAAAAAAAAGUGCAACAGCUAAUUAUCUUAUUUCAACAGAUGCUACUGAUUUAAGUAGAGAAGGAAAAUCAUUUGUUGGUAAAGUACGUUCAAAUGCUAUUGGUACAGCAUUUACAAUAUAUGAUAAUGGUCAAAAUCCUAAAAAGACAGGUGGAAUGAAAGAUGAAAUACGUCAAGAAUUAGCUGCUGUUAUAUAUGAUACAAAUGUUCUUGGUUUUAAAGGACCACGACGUAUGACUGUUAUUAUUCCUGGAAUAUAUGAUUCAGAAAUAGGUUCUAGAAAAGAAUUUCGUCCAUUAUCUGAUAAAGAUUCAAUAGUUGAAAGAUAUAAAAAUAAAAGACUUGAUGGGUUAGUUGUAAUGCAAAAUAAAAGUCCUCAGUGGAAUGAAGAUACUCAAUCAUAUGUAUUAAAUUUUCAUGGACGUGUAACACAAGCAAGUGUCAAAAAUUUUCAGAUUAUUCAUGAAGCUGAUCCAGAUUAUAUUGUAAUGCAAUUUGGUAGAGUAUCUGAUGAAUUAUUUACUAUGGACUUUAGAUAUCCUUUAUCUCCAUUACAAGCUUUUGGUAUUGCUAUGACAAGUUUCCAUAGUAAAUUGGCAUGUGAAUAA